AUGUCCGCCACCCCUCUUGCACUGACCGAUCUCAAGGGCCAUCUCCCUCUCGUGGCCCGAGGCAAGGUCCGAGACCUGUACGCCGUCAACGACAACCAGCUGCUGUUUGUCGCCACUGAUCGAAUCUCCGCCUACGAUGUCAUCAUGACCAACGGUAUCCCCGAGAAGGGCAAGAUUCUGACCUCUAUCUCCAAGUUCUGGUUCCAGCUGCUGGCCAAGGAGAUUAAGAACCAUGUGGCCGAAAGCGAGAACUCCCAGAUCCUCGCCGCUCUGCCCAAGGCUGUGCAGGACGACCCCGAGCUCGUCGAGAUGCUCAAGGAUCGAUGUCUGCUCGUCAACAAGUACAAAAUUGUGCCCAUUGAGGCCAUUGUUCGAGGCUACAUCACCGGCUCUGCCUGGAGCGAGUACAAGAAGUCCGGAACCGUCCAUGGCAUGUCCGUGGAGUCUGGUCUGCAGGAGUCCCAAAAGCUGCCCCAGGCCAUCUACACUCCCUCUACCAAGGCCGAGCAGGGCGAGCACGACGAGAACAUCUCGGUGGCCAAGGCUGCCGAGAUCAUCGGAGACAAGAACCUCGCCGACGAGAUCGAGAAGCUGUCUGUCCAGCUGUACACCAAGGCUGCCGAGUACGCCGACAAGCACGGAAUCAUCAUUGCCGAUACCAAGUUCGAGUUUGGUAUCGACGAGAACGGCAAACUUGUUCUGGUUGAUGAGGUCCUCACGCCCGACUCCUCUCGAUUCUGGAACGCCAAGACCUACGAGGUUGGUAAGCCCCAGGACUCCUACGAUAAGCAGUACCUGCGAAACUGGCUUACUAACAGCGGUCUCAAGGGCCAGGAGGACGUUGCUAUGACCCCUGAGGUUGUCAUCAAGACCCGAGAAAAGUACAUUGAGGCUUACGAGUCCAUCACUGGCUGCAAAUGGUGCACCCAGUAA